ACGGGCCGCCUCUCUGCAGCCGACCAAUCCUCUUGAUUUUCUUGUGCGCAUUACCGAAUCAGAGAGGUCGAGGCGGGGUUCCGCUUGACCGCUCUAAGCCGCCGCGCAGCCUGCGUUUUCUCCGGUACAGGUUGAGGCUACUAAAUAAGAUUCUUUCUUGUGGAGCCUGGACUGCACUGCAACCUAUGGCCGAGUAAAACAGUGGUAACUUGCAGUCAAGUACCAUUUAAGUGAGAAAUCCUCUGAAACGUCUAUGGACUGCUUAUCUCCUUGUUCAGUAUUUAGGAAUACUUUCCUGUGAAUGCAGCUAUUUUGCUUACCUGGUUUGUAUUCUUACCUUAGACUGUUGUAGCUAUUGUAAAGCAAAAGUAAGAUCAAGCCCAUGUAACUACUUUUUGGGUUCUUUUCUCUCACUUUGUAAAUACAGGGUGUUUUUCCAGACGGGAGUGCGGUGGCACAGUCUUAGCUUACUGCAGCCUCGAACUUCUGGGCUCAAGUGAUCCUCCUGCCUCAGCCUCCCAAGUGGCAGGGAUUACACCCGAGCCACUGUGCCAAACCCGUGAAGUUUUUGAGUUGUACUUUUGUACUAAAGUCAUGACUACUUUUUCUGCCACUGACACUAUGAGCUGCAAAUACGACUGAAGAUGCUACUGCUUUUUUACUUUUUCCCUAUGUGCUUUAAAGAACUACAUUUUCAAUGAUUUCCAUGCAUUUAAGAUAUUUUCAUGUACUUGGUAGAGAAUACAAGAGAAUUUUGAUAAAUCUGAACUGGAAUGGUCUUUAUGUUAAUUCUGUUCAAUAUUUUAGGGCAGAUUAUGUACAGAUUAUCGCCAAAAUGUCAAAAGGGUGUAUUUUGUUCAUAUAGCUACUGUAACAAAUUACAACAGAUUUAGUGACUUCGAAUAACACACAUUUAUUCUUUCUGCCUUUGUUUCUUUCUUUUUUUUUUUUCCUUUGGUGAAAAGUACACACUUAAGAAAGGGGAGUGCAGAUGUACUCAAGAGAGUCACCUCUUCCUUUUUUUUUUUUUUUUUUGGUAGAGAUGAGGUCUCGCUAUGUUGCCCAGGUGGGUCUCAAACUCCUGGGCUCAAACAGUCCUCCCACCUUGGCCUCCCAAAGUUCUGGCAUUACUGGCAUGAGCCACCAUGCUCAGCCUCAUUUAUUGUCUUAGUUCUGGAGGUCAGAAGUAUGAAAUCAGUUUCACUGGACUAAAGUCAUAAGUGUUGCAGGCCCAGUUCCUUCUGGAGGCUGUGAGAAGAAGAUCCAUUUCCUUACCUUUUUCAGCUUGUAGUGGCUGCCUGUCUUCCUUGGCUUGUGGCUCUUUUCUGCACAGGACAUCAUGCUAUCAUCAUACCACUUUCUCAUCUGUAGUCACAUCUCCGUCUGCCUCUCUUAUGAGGACAUUUGUGAUUAUAUUAAGGACCCCCCCAGAUAAACAAGGAUACUCUCUCCAUCUCAAGAUACUUUGUAAAGUCCCUUUCGUCAUAUAAUGAAACAGUCGUAGAUUCCAGGAAUUAAGACCUUUGUAUCUUUGAGGGCCAGUGUUCAGCCUACCACAGGAAGGUAUAAAGAAGAGUAAAACAUCCUAUCCCAUAAAGUCUCACAGGGACUAUAAGAGAAAAACAAAUUCACAGUAAAUGGUUGCUGAGUUAGACUUUCUUAUUACUGUGAAAAUAGCCUAAGUCACCACAGGUUGGAGCUUCGCCAACUUUUCCUCUGGAAUAUCUUUAAUAGCAAAGGUAUUUGGCUGUUAUAAAUAAAAUAGUGAUGAACACGUGUACAGGUGUUUGUACGGACAUAAGUUGUCAUUUCUCUUGAGUAAAUACCUAAAAGUGGGCUUGCUGGAGUUUUACUACCCUUGGAUGCUGCUGUUGACAUGGAAAAGAUUGAGGAACAAUUUGCUAAUCUGCACAUUGUUAAAUGUUCCUUAGGAACCAAAGAGCCCACUUACCUUCUUGGUAUAGACACAUCAAAGACUGUCCAAGCAGGAAAGGAAAACUUGGUUGCUGUUUUAUGUUCUAAUGGAUCAAUCAGAAUAUAUGAUAAAGAAAGGUUAAAUGUACUACGAGAAUUUAGUGGAUAUCCUGGACUUCUUAAUGGAGUCAGAUUUGCAAAUUUCUGUGACAGUGUAUAUUCAGCAUGUACUGAUGGCACUGUGAAAUGUUGGGAUGCUCGAGUAGCCAGAGAAAAACCUGUUCAGCUCUUCAAGGGUUACCCUUCCAAUAUUUUUAUCAGUUUUGAUAUUAAUUGUAAUGAUCAUAUUAUUUGUGCUGGUACAGAAAAAGUUGAUGAUGAUGCAUUGUUGGUGUUUUGGGAUGCAAGGAUGAAUUCUCAGAAUUUAUCUACAACUAAAGACCCACUUGGUGCAUAUUCAGAGACACAUAGUGAUGAUGUCACUCAAGUACGUUUCCAUCCCAGCAAUCCCAACAUGGUAGUCUCAGGUUCAUCUGAUGGCCUGGUAAAUGUAUUUGAUAUUAAUAUUGAUAAUGAGGAGGAUGCACUGGUUACAACCUGUAACUCAAUUUCAUCAGUAAGCUGUAUUGGUUGGUCUGGGAAAGGUUAUAAACAGAUUUACUGCAUGACACAUGAUGAAGGAUUUUAUUGGUGGGAUCUUAAUCAUCUGGACACUGAUGAACCAGUUACACGUUUGAACAUCCAGGAUGUCAGAGAAGUAGUUAACAUGAAAGAAGAUGCUUUGGACUAUUUGAUUGGUGGCCUAUAUCAUGAAAAGACAGACACAUUGCAUGUUAUUGGAGGAACAAACAAAGGAAGGAUUCAUUUGAUGAACUGCAGCAUGUCAGGACUGACCCAUGUGACUAGCCUUCAGGGAGGGCAUGCUGCUACAGUCCGUUCUUUCUGUUGGAAUGUGCAAGAUGAUUCUUUGUUGACUGGAGGAGAAGAUGCACAGUUGUUACUUUGGAAACCUGGAGCUAUAGAGAAGACCUUUACAAAGAAAGAGAGUAUGAAAAUAGCAUCCUCUGUGCACCAACGAGUACGAGUUCAUAGUAAUGAUUCUUAUAAGAGAAGGAAAAAGCAGUGAUAAUGCAUUUGGCACUUUGUUUGGUAGGUUUUAUAGUUUCAAAUAGUCCUUCUUGUUUACUACAUGUUUAAAGCUUUAUGUAAAAACAAGCCAGUUAGCAAACAGUCCUGGAAAAAUAUGGUGAGAAUGGUUUAAUUCCAGUCUUCACAUAUUCUAAAAAAUUUUAAAGCCUCUAGGUAUAAAAUCAGUGAGUUGAAAGUAAAAUUUCUCAUUUAAAGAACCCAUCUGUUAAUGUAGUAAAUGUUGGCUUUAAAGAAAUAGCUCUGAUAAGGACUUUUUAGAAGGAAAUACUUGGUAAAACUUAAUAAAACAGGUGGUUGGCUGCAUUUUUUAAGGCCAGUUUUUUACAUUUUAAAUUGUCUUUAUUGUGUAUAAAACCAGAUCAGACUAUAUGCUUCAUCUGAGGAGCAUCUAUAUGUUUAAUACACCUAAUGUAUUAUGUUGGAGUAUUUAAAUGUAAGUAUUUUAAUGAGUAAAUAGAAUUAAGCUUUUUUAGAAAUAAAAUGAUAGGCAUCUAUGUAAAGUGAGAAAAAUAUGUUUAGUAAAUAUUUGCAUCUUUAAUAUUAGUAAGUAGUAAACAGGUGUUUUGCUGAUUGAAAGGAAGUUAUGUUGGUAAUUUGAGACUCAAAAGUGAAAUACAAAAAUGAAAAUAUUUAUAAUAGGACUCGACUUGGAGAAAUUGCUGUUCUUCCUGUUGUCCAAACCAUAAAUCUGAGGAUAACCUGGACUUUUCUCUUUCCUCUUCUCCUAACCAGUUUUUCACCAAGUCCUGUGCCAUUUCAUCUCCUAACGUCUGUCAGUUAUCCUUUUGCCUUUACCUCACCACUAUUACCCUAGAGAAGACUUUCAUUAUUUCUCAUCUGGAUUACCAGCUCGAUCUCUAAUCUGCUUCAGUUCAUCCUUCUUGCUACUUCUAGGCUAAACAUCAAAAACAGAUCUGGUAGGGGCGGGGAAAUGAGGGGGAAGAAACAAAAACGUGAUGGUGCCUCAUGCUGCUUAAAAUCUUCAGUACAUUGAUGUUUUGAUGGAGGACUACAUAAGCGUUAAAAAUUGUGUUUUUCAGAAUCUUUAAAAUAAAAGACAGUGCUAUGUAGUGAAUAAAAAAAUUAGUUUGAAAGAUAUCUGGAGAAAUCACAUUCAUAAAACAAUUGGAAGUGAAACUAUUAAAACAUUAGGGCUUUUUAAAAUUAAAAAUAUUUAAAAUUCAAAAGUAAUUAAUAGUGUUGGAAGAUGCGGGUGAGAAAAUAUUCCUGAAAGUAGAACUGAAAGAGACAAAGAGAAAAGAUGAAAGCCACAGAAGAUAAAUACAGGAGUCAAAACCAGACUAACAGUUUCAGAAAGUGAAAAAAGUUAAAAAAGAAAUGGGGGCAGUGGGUUAUUAGAAAUAACAUAAAUGGCUGGUAUGGUUUGUCUGUGUCCUCAGCCAAAUUUCAUCUCGAAUUGUAAUCCCCAUAAUCCCCACGUGUCUAGGGAGAGACCUGGUGGGAGGUGAUUAGAUCAUGGGGAUGGUUUCCCCUACGCUGUUCUCCUGAUAGUGGGUGAGUUCUCACAAGAUCUGAUGGUUUUAUAAAGGGCUCUGCCCCUUUAACUCCUCACUCUUUCUCCUGAAGCCUUGUGAAGAAGGUGCUUUGCUUCCCCUUUUCCUUCCUCCAUGAUUGUAAGUUUCUUGAGGCCUCCCUGGCCAUGCUGAACUCUUCAGUCAAUUAAACACUCUUUCCUUUAUAAAUUA